CGCGUGCACGUGAGGGGCUGGUGUGUCGUUGCUCUGACGUCAUCAAGUAACGACGACUAAACAGAGGUGCACGAGCGCAUCGAAUCUUGAGAACUAUCGGGAUGGGAGCCUGUUGCUGCAGAGUGAGCUGACUUUAAAACGUAUCACACAGAGGCAGAAAAGACAAAGAAAAAGCUGCUGUUUUACUGGAACAUCUCCAUGGACGUGAAACAGGAGACCAGUGAUGUGGACAUGAAAAUCAUGGUUAUUAAGGAGGAGGACUGUGAGUGGGAGUCCAUCUAUCCUAAACAGGAAAGUCUGAGCAUCAAGAAGGAGAAUAGUGAACUGCAGUCAGUGGGCAUUCAAGAAGAAGGUGAAGAGAAGUCUCUCAAUAUUGAGACACAUAACCAUACAAAUCUGAAGAGUAUUGAGGAAGACAAUUUUCAUGAUGGGUUUCGAGAUGGAGUGUUGACCAGGUUAGACUCUUCUCAAAGUAGACACUGUUCAUCUCCAGAGCCUUCUAUCAAUAUGAAGUCUAAAUCAUUACAUUCUGAACCAAAGAGGGCUGAGCAAACUACAUGUGUUACAACUCCGGAAAAUCAGCCACUGCCUACGACAAAGUCUGGGAAAAGAAACAAACGUCACUUCUGUUUGGAAUGUGGCAAAGGAUUCUCUGGCAGGAGUGCUCUUCAGAUCCACACUAGAGUUCACACCGGAGAGAAGCCAUAUUGCUGUAAUGAAUGUGGCAGACAGUUCUCUUACAGGAACAGUUUUCAAAUCCACACAAGAAUUCACACUGGAGAAAAGCCAUAUUGCUGUGUGGAAUGUGGCAAAAAAUUCUGUCACACGACUUCGCUGCAGAGACAUACAACAAUUCACACUGGAGAGAAGCCAUAUUCCUGUAAUGAAUGUGGGAAACAGUUUUCAGGAAGAGGCCACCUUCAGAAACACGCUAGAGUUCACAAUGGAGAGAAGCCGUAUUGCUGUAAUGAAUGUGGUAAACUGUUUUCACAAAUAGGCAAUCUUCAGAGACACACUAGAGUUCACACGAGAGAGAAACCGUAUAUCUGUAAUGAAUGUGGUAAACAGUUUUCACAAAAUAGCAAUCUUCAGAACCACACUAGAGUUCACACAGGAGAGAAGCCGUAUUGUUGUAAUGAGUGUGGGAAACUGUUUUCACAAAUAGGAAAUCUUCAGAGUGCUCUUCAGAGACACAUUAGAGUUCACACCAGAGAGAAGCCAUAUUGCUGUAAUGAAUGUGGCAAACAAUUCUCUUACAGGAACAGUUUUCAAGUCCACAGAAGAAUUCACACUGGAGAAAAGCCAUAUUGCUGUGUGGAAUGUGGUAAAAUGUUCUGUCACAUGACUUCGCUGCAAAGACACACAACAAUUCACACCGGAGAGAAGCCAUAUUGCUGUAAUGAAUGUGGUAAACAGUUUUCAGGAAGAGGUCACCUUCAGAAACACACUAGAGUUCACACUGGAGAGAAGUCAUAUUGUUGUAAUGAAUGUGGUAAACAGUUUUCUGUACUGGCCAGUCUACUAAAACACACUAGAGUUCACAGCGGAGAGAAGCCGUAUAUCUGUAAUGAAUGUGGUAAACAGUUUUCACAAAACAGCAGUCUUCAGAAACAUACUAGAGUUCACAGCGGAGAGAAGCCAUAUUGCUGUAAUGAAUGUGGUAAACAGUUUUCACUAAACAGCACUCUUCAGAAACAUACUAGAGUUCACACCGGAGAGAAGCCUUAUUGCUGCAAUGAAUGUGGUAAACAGUUUUCAGGAAGAGGCAAUCUUCAGAGACACAGUAGAAUUCACACCGGAAUAAAAACAGUAAGGGUUAAAAAAUCAGUCCAGAAAAGCAGUUCUGACUCUCCCAAACCAAAAUCUCCUGCAUCACAAAAGAAUUCCAAUCUGGGUGCCACCUCCUGACACCUCGACGAGUAUGUUAAAAGAGACAGAAUUCAAAACACACUGGCCUGAAUACUUAACACUAGAAUUACCAGAGUCUACGAAAAAACUCGUAGAUCUGGUCUACCUUAUAACCGUUUGCACAUCUCCGCCAGCGUCUUU